AUGCUUCAAAGAAACAAUUCUCACGUUCCCGAUUCAAAUAUGAUGAGCGAUGAGACUCAAUCCGGGCUGCUGCCUUCAUCGUCUUAUUCCUCUCUGAUUCAAACAGGAGAUAUGAUUACCAUUCAAGUUCCUGUGCAAGGCGGACUUCAAAAGCCUUCUCAUUCUGUUGGUGGAUCAUCCUCCGAAUCGGGUAGUUGUGAAGUGAUCAGCAAGAAAUCAUCAACUAGGAACAGCACAGUUGCUCAUGCUUCAUAUUAUCACUUGUUGUAUGAUUGUCCUGAACCUGUUUGCCCACCCGAUUUUGUGAUUAAUAUUAAAUUAAUUGAUAUGAAUAUGGCCAAGGUUCAAAUCAAGGUUCAUAAAGUGUUCUUGGCCGUAGAAUCGACAUACUUCCGUGUUUUGGUCAAUUCGGACUUCUCAGAAAAUCAAACAUCAGAAGUAGAGUUUGAGCUUACAUCCAUUGAACGGGAUGUGUUUGAACAAAUUAUUUUGAAAUACAUUUAUGGAGAGAGAACUUUAAUCAUCGACAAAGGGUUGCCAUACGCUUGUACAUUAUGCCUUGCUCACUACUUACAAAUUAAUGCUCUAGAAUGUCAAUUGUUGCAACAAAUGACAAAAACAGCCAAGUACACACGGCAACAUUUAAUUUAUUAUUCUCAAUUACGUGAUCACACCAUGCUAGCUAUCAACUCUAGUUUCCUCUCUCAAUCUUUGAUCGCGUUUGGAAAAGACAUUUCAAAAAAGAAAGACGAGGUUAUCAAUUUGCCGGUUGAAUUUUUCAUUUGGCUAGUUUCGUUGGAUAAUCUUAAUGUCAGCAACGAAGACGAAGUCUAUGAUUUGGUGAAUGAAUAUGUUGAAAAGAAUGAGCACAAGCUAAGCACUAGCAAUCUUUCACACAUUGCAAACAAUUCUAGCGAUACAGGCGGAGCAGGUGAUUCUAAAAACUCUAUUGAAAGUGUUUGGAUGAAUGUGAGAGUUCCAUUCUUGUCGGAUCAAAAAGUUUUAGAUUUCAUGGACAAUAGAAGGAUUUCUACUGAGUUGAAAAUAUCAUUACUCCGUAAAAGACAAGUCUAUGCCAUAUAUCGAGAGAAGUUUAAAAAGAAGGCAUUGGCCUCCAAGCAACACCAACACCAACACCCAGUUCCACAGCCACCACAAGAUGGCCAAGUGAAUGCCAGCAUGUCUGUCGAGACUAACAAUGGAAGUGAUUCUAAACCCGUAACCGAUAUUACCCCUUCUGCUUCGGUGACUGCAGCAUCACUAGCUGAGGAUUUGAUGAUUGAUUUGGAUGACCCUCAAUUUAUCAAGAGAGGAAAUAUUGUCGAAUAUCUCAUCACAGGAAGUAAGGGAGUUAUUCAAAUAUGGGACAUCAAUAACAAUGAAUGUCUUUCCUCCUUCCCAACGGAUUCAUUCGUAAGAUGUCUCGCACUGUACGAGCGUAAUUAUUUAUUGAGUGGUGGUCAUGAUAAGAAGAUCAAAAAGUGGAAUUUGAGAACAAAUGAAUGCGAACUGGUCUUGAAAGGUCAUACAGACUAUGUCCUGUCAUUUGCGUUAGUGGAUGACAGUUUAUAUAGCGCAGGUGGUGUUGGUGAUUCCACAGUUAAAAAGUGGAAUUUACGUACCAACCAACUUGAGGCAUCUCUGGAAGGACAUCAGAAAGCAGUUCUUUCUCUCAUUGCCUACAGUGACUUGUAUGUAUUUAGUGGAGGAGAAGAUUCUACUAUUCGUAAAUGGAACGUAAGAACAAACAAGUGUGAACUGGUAAUCACAGCUACAGCACAAAGCGAUGACAAAUUAUGGUGUUUAGCCAUCUACGGAGAUGCCUUAUUUGCAGGAGGUUCUAAGGGUAAGAUUUACCAAUUUAAUGUCAAUGACGGAAGAUUAGAAAAAGAAUGGACUGCUCACGAGAAUAUUGUGUGGUGUCUUCUUGUUCAUGAAGAUUAUUUGUACAGUGGAUCUAAGGAUAAGGUCAUUAGAAGAUGGAAUUUACUGCAAACUCCUGAAACAGUCGUAUCGUCUGACUCUCAAGUUGCCGCUACUAACACUCCUUAUGUGUGUGAUGCGGUAUUGAAGGAGCAUACAGAUAGUGUCAGAAGUUUGAAUGUUUAUAAUAAUUAUUUGUACUCAGGAGGAGGCGAUGAAAAGAUCGUAAAGUGGUCUUUGCUUUCUUUAACUAAGGAAUCUGUCAUGACGGCUGAAGAAUAUAUUUGUUCUGCAUUACUGGCCUAA